UUGAUAACAAACAAGUCGCAGUUAUAAUAAUAUCUGUGGCUAUUGUUGUUGUUUGGCAAUGGAAUUGAAAUGAUAUUUUGUUUAAAAAAUAUAAAAUAUUACGACCAGCUGGUCAUCUAGGUCUGAUUUUUUCGCCUGUUUACUUCGCUUUUCCUCUAACCUGUAUGUAUCUAUUUUAUAUUAUGGCGACGUAAUACAUCCAUGAAUACAAUGUCUUAUGACAUUUGAGGCGAUUGACAAAUAUGUUUUCGUUCACUAUGCUGACCUUACGAAACCAUAUCCGAUAAAAUCAACGUCUUCAAAAUGUCUGCGAAUUCUCCUUGUAAAGCGUCCAAAAAUUCGAUUGGCAAAAUAGUACUGCCAGGGCCUGUUGUUGAUCGAUCAAUUAUUGACAGUGUUGCUGGAUUUAUUCAAGAUGUCGUUCCUCAUGGGUAUUCUAAUGUUUUAAAUGUAGAUAAUAGAGAAACAAUUUUAUGGACUCAGUUGGAAACUUUGGAAGCAAAUGAAUUCCCUUCAAAUUUUGAAAAUGAUGAAUCACUCAUGUCAGGUGUAUCACCAAUACUUCUUAUUCUGGGUUAUGGAUUCGGUGUUCAAGUAUGGUAUAUUGGUGCCAAUGGUGAAGCAUAUGAAACUUUAUCUUGGUCCCAAGGAGUUGUUAAGGUUUUAAAAUUUAUACCUUCGCCUUUACCUGAGUUGAAAUUUCGACAAGAUCCAUUUGCUCACAAAAGACCAUUAAUUGCACUAUGUGAUAAUUCAGGAGCAGGUCCUCAAUUUUGUUCUGUUAGUUUUAUUUCAUUAACAUGUGGAGAUGUGGUGAAAACAAUAAAAUUUAAAAAUUCUGUUGUGGAUAUAGCUGUAAAUCGAUUUGCCAUAGCAGUUAUAUUUGUUGAACGUAUUGCUGUGUUUGAUGCUCUUACUGUGGAAGAUAUAACAACAAUUACUACGUGUUAUCCUAGUCCUGGGAUAAAAUCAAAUCCAAUUGCAUUGGGAACUAGAUGGAUGGCAUAUGCAGAUCAAAAGUUGGUCUCUUGGAAUCGUUCAACUGGAGGGUAUGAGGGUGAAAAUGGUCAUUCAUAUACAGCUACUGUUUUACAUGCUGCAAAAUCAUUGAGCCAAAGUUUAAGGGACUUAAGUGGCUCCGUAGCAAAUAGUAUAACAGGGGUGCAUAAUUCAACUUCAUCAUAUAAUAUAUCAGUUGUAAAUGAUUCUAAUCAAAUGAAUCCAGGCAUCAUUACUAUCAUUGAUAUUAAAAAUAAAGUGUUAAAAGAAAAUACACCCCAAGGUCCUGAUAUUGUUGCUCAUUUUACUGCUCAUUGUGAAGCUAUUGUCGCCUUGAAUUUUGAUCAAUCUGGGCUUAUGUUAGUUACUGCUGAUAAAAAUGGUCAUAGAUUUAAUGUGUUCAAAAUACACCCUAGUAUAUUAGGUUCUUCAUUUGCGGCUGUUCAUCAUUUAUAUACAUUGCAUAGAGGUGACACAACAGCUAAAAUUCAAGAUAUUCAAUUUUCGAGUGAUUCAAGAUGGGUGGCUGUAAGUUCACUUAGAGGCACAACUCAUAUAUUUCCAAUUACACCUUAUGGUGGACCUAUUGGUUUACGAACUCAUUCAACACCACACAUUGUAAAUAAAUUAUCAAGAUUUCAUCGGAGUGCUGGAUUAAUAACUGAUGGUCGAAACAGCCCUGUAAUGACAGAAUCAAUACAGAACUCUCAAAUUGUGUUGCCAUAUUCUAAUCCUUGUGUAUCAUCAGUACCACACUCAAUUAUCAUAAAUUCACUGUGCCAAAUUCGAUCACAAAGUAACAAAUUAAAACCAGAUGAGACUGGAAUAACAACAUCUAUAAAAUUGUCUACAUGUUUUUCUCAUGGUCGUGUAUUGGAUACUUCUAUGGCUAGAGAAAUAUCUAAUGUAAAUUACAAUCCCAAGAAAAAUAUUGCCGAUUCUUUGUAUGUAAUGACAUGCAAUGGAAUUCUUACACAAUAUGAUAUGUAUCCUAUGCAUUCAAAUUCUGUUUCCAAAGAAAAAAUAUUUGAUGAUACAAUGAUAGAAUUAAAUAUCGAACCUAAAACUGAAUGGAAUUUGUAUAAACCACCUCUUCAUGCAUCUACUAUUACCCCUCCUUUGAAUCGGGGUAAUCCAUUAUUAGAUCUCUGUGUACAUUAUCCAGUCACAAACACAACAAAUAAUUCUGAAAAGAAUUCUUUUGAAAGCAUUGAUGAACGUUGGCUAUCUCAAGUUGAAAUAAGUACACAUGCAGGCCCUCACCGUCGCCUUUGGAUGGGACCACAAUUUGUAUUUAAAACUUGUGGUUCAACAUUGGGGAGGUCUGAAUCUGAUACUCAAUUGAAUGAAAUAGAAAAUGGACUGUUAAAAUCAAAUCCAGUCAGUGUCCCACAUGCUAAUAUUAGCAGACAAAGCACUCCAGUGUUUAUAGAGUGUGGUUCAAAUAGUAGUUUUGACUAUUCACCUAAGUUUUUGGAUUUGAAUCAAGGUGAUUCAUCUGAUUUAUCUUCUGAUCAAGGCGAAACCAAAAUUUUGGAAGAUUUGGCGGAAGCCAUGAAUGAAAAUCUUCAACUUAAUAAAGCAGGUAGGUAACAUGUGUUGUAAAAUAUUAUCAGGGGUCAGAGCUUUAUAUAUAAUUGAAAUUUAAUAUUAAGUACAU